GAGGUUUUCUUGAACUUCAUAAUAUUUUAGUAGUAGUAGUUUUUUUUUGUCCUGGUAUUACAUUCUGACAUUGAGUAAAAACUUUUUCUGUUUAGUGGCAACAUUGGCCCCAGCCGUGUAAUAUGGCCGCUACAGGCAAGAAAGGAAAGAAGCAGAAAUGGAUUCCUGCAAACAUCACAGACAUCCUUGCGGAACCCACGACCGUUCCCACCACUGCAAAUUGGGCAGACUCAGUUGAAGAGGAACAGGGAGAGCGCUAUGGGUCGCGCACGCGCGCGCCGGUACAGCUGCCGUCGGCGUCGCGGGCGGCGCGCGGCGGGCUGGCCGUGGACGACGAGUCCAUCCCGCACUCGCCGCCCUUCGUGGCGCACAUCUCCAACCUGCCCUACGAUGUGGAUGAGAGCGCCAUCACCGAGCUCUUUGAUGGCAUGCGGAUCAUCAACCUGAGACUCCCGAGGGAAGGUGACAGACUCAAGGGAUAUGGAUAUAUAGACUUUGAGGACAGGGAGAGCCUCAUCAAUGCUAUGAAUUUGGCUGAUCUGACAAUAAGCGGGCGAAGGAUCAGAAUAGAAGUGUCUACACAUGACUACGACCGGCGCAUGGGGCGCGGCGGCGGCCGCUCUGAUCGCGACAGGGAAUACGACCCGGAGCGCACGAUGGGCGACUGGCGGUCAGGCCCGCGCGCGCAGCCCGAGAACCGCGAGCGAGAGCGCGACCGCGACCGCCCCCCGCGCACCAUGGACCGAGAGGGCAUGCGCGAGCGGGAGAGGGACUCGAGUGCGGACAACAAGCCGGGCGGCUGGCGCGACGGCGACCGGCCGGCGGCCGAGCCCGCGCGCACGCCCUAUGGGGGACGGGACUCCUUCGGCAGGGACCGCGACGACAGAUAUGGAGCCCGCGACCGCGGCUUCGCCCGGGACGGCGAGGCGCCGCGCGGCGGGUACGGCGGCCGCGACGGCUUCCGCACCGCCGAGCGAGAUGGCGGAGCGUUCGGGAGCCGUGACCGCGACCGAGGCGGCUUCGGCGGACGAGGCUUCGGCGACAGAGACCGCGACCGGGACCCCCCGCCGCCUAGAGACGACAAGCCGCGCGAGCGCCCCAAGCUGAACCUGCUGCCGCGCACGGUGCCGCGCGAGACGGAGGCGCCCACCACGCCGGCCGACGGCGCGCCGCUCGAGGAGAAGAACGACAAGCCCGCGCCCAAGCCCGUCUCCAAGGAGAAGGUGUUCGGCGCUGCGAAGCCGGUCGAUACUGCUGCCAAGGAGAGAGAAAUAGAGGAGCGUCUUCGGAAGCAAGAGGAGGAGUCACGUCGCGCGACCGAGAGCAAGGACCGCUGGGGGCCCCGCAAGGACCAUUCCGGUGAUCGUCGAGGCGGUGCCAGACGCGACGACCGCGACCGCGGCGAGCGCGACUCGCGCAGCUACAACCGCGACCGGCAGGACUACCCGCGCGACGACCGCGACCGCCGCGACUACUCCAAGGACGAUCGCGACCGCCGCGACUACUCCAAGGAUAACCGCGACAGACGCGACUACUCUAAGGACGACCGCGACAGACGUGACUAUUCCAAGGAUGAUCGUGACAGACGCGAUUAUUCCAAGGACGACAAAGACAGGCGCGACGCGCCGCCGGCCCGCCGCGACUACUCGAAGGAGGACGCCGAGCGCCGCGACUACUCGCCGGAGCGGCGCCGCGAGCCCUCCGCCGAGCGCCGCCAGCCCUCCGGCGACCGCGACCUGCCGCGCGGACGCGACGAACACAGGAAUGGAAAGGACGCACCGCGGCCGAGCCGGUCGCGCGAACGACAUGACGACACAGAGAAACCACUGCCCAAGUUGAAAGAACAGGAGAAACCAAAUUUUGUAGCUUCAAAUAAAUUCAGCUUCCUCACGGAAGACGGCGAGGACGCGCCGCUCGAGUAACGCGCCACAUUCGACUCACAGCUAAAUCAAUAAACAAGUGUCCGUUCAGACUGUGUAAAGUGUAAAUUUAACAAGUGUCAACGUGCCGUCGGACUCACAGCACUAAGACUGUCUUACAUCGUGCUAUGUAAUAGGACUUGAUUAGUUAUAGUGUGGUGUGGAUAACGUGUAUUAGGGUCGCUAUAUGCUCAGUUCGCUACGAGGCCAGCCCCAGUCUUUAUUCCGACCGCUCGGCCGCGUCCGUUUCCGUUUCGCAUCUCUCUCUAUCGUCUGUCGCGCUUGCUUCCUCUCCUCGAGUGCUUGCGGCCGCUGGUCGCGGUAGAGACUGGGGCACCGCUGUGACCAUGUAAUAAUGUAUCGAUUGGUGUAAAUUUUUCUAUGCGUUUUAUGUCAGGUGCCUCUGACGUCGUUAAUUAUGGUGACAUGUUGGCCGAGAGCGAUUAUUGCCGUUGUUUGUAACAAAUAAUGUUUUUUGAUACAGGUGCUGCUCUCAAAUAACCUCAUUAUGUGAAUAUAUUAUUUUUAAUAUGUUUAUUAUUUGUCGCAAUCCUUUAUUAGAUAACAAGUCAGCGCCGCCCUAAUUAAACGUGUUUAUAUAAUACUUCUCAUGUUAAAUAUUUUAGUUGCUCUAGUUUAUUAUUUUUAGUAUGUUAGGUGUAUUAUUUAUCUUUACACUCGAAAUUGCAGAGUUAUAAGUUUAACUCGCGCUGCAAUAUUUGUAAUUAAUUAGAUAACCCCAUUGCAAGUAUGCAUCAAGGGCAUCAUUGAUGAAAUUUUAGUUAUUCAGAACCGCUGCAGGCGUGGGGGCCUGGUCACAAGCACCUAUAUUGUUGUAAUGAUGUGAAAUUUGUAUUGUCUCAUAAUUUUCUUUGUUUCUUAUAUUGUCUUAAUUGUGAAUUAUAAAUAAAUUACAUACUCUUUUUACAGCCAAA